CUGUUUGCAUUGUGCACUCGGGUUUCGACUACUGGUAACUCAACGAGCUAACCAGCUUGAACAUUCAAUACGCCAUCAGACACCGAAGUGACAAGAUGUAUCCAAUUAUUUGUGCUCUUCUUGUGUGCCUCUCAGUGCUCACCAGUGCUGCAGACUUCAGAGAUUGCGGAUCCCAAGUGGGAAAAUACACGUCCAUCUCUAUCAGUGACUGUGAGGAUAGUGAUAGCGAGUGUAUACUCACCAAAGGAACGAAUGUCACCAUUAAAAUUACCUUCAACACUGAUGAGCCUGUCAAUGUUGUUAAAGCAGUUGUCCAUGGAAUUUUAACUGGUGUGCCUAUACCAUUUCCCAUUGCUCAACCGAAUGCUUGCAAUAAUCCAGAGACUGGGAUAACGUGUCCUUUGAAAAAAGGUGGACCAUUCACCUAUACAAAAACCUUCCCUAUUUUAUCUCAAUAUCCGAAGGUCAAGGUGGAGGUAAAAUGGGAGUUGCAAAAUGAAAAGAACCAGGACAUCGUUUGCAUUAUGAUUCCUGCAAGGAUCGAGUAAAAAAAAAUUGGAUGAAUUGAGUGAUUCACCAAUUGAUCGACAGGAAUUGAUUGAAUGUACUCCAUUUAUUUUGUAUUCAUUUGUAAUAAUCAGGGCAAAGAGUAAAUAGAAUUCCGAAGUGAAAUUUGAAAAUA